ACUAUGUCUGCCCAUCAUCGCGACUGCAUUGCGAAGCAGGAAGAGCGUCAAGCAAAGAUAAACUCCCUUCCUUCGAAUUACUUCAGUGACUGUACAGAAGAUGAUAGAAAGCUCCUUGACCUGUCUUUAACCCAGCUUGUUUCGCAGAACAAAGCAGGUUCCAUCACUCCAUCCCAAAUCCUCCAAGCUUAUGGCAAAAAAGUCGUUCUUGCUCAGAAAGCAACCAAUUGCUUGACAACGGUGAUGAUACAAGAGGCAAUUUCGAACAACGUCGAGAAACCAUCUAGAGCCAGUACCCCUGAAAGAAGUUAUACAGGUCCGGCUAAGGGCAUACUUCCCCUUGCGGGUGUUCCUGUCAGUUUAAAAGAUUGUAUCGAUAUCGAGGGGUAUGACACUACACUGGGCUUCUCAAGUAGAGCAAAUCAUCCAGUUACAACUUCUUCCGCCAUAGUCCGACUUCUUCGUGAUGCCGGGGCUCUUAUGCAUGUCAAGACCACAACACCGACCGGUGUACUUGGGCUCGACACCUCUUCAGACCUCUUUGGCCGUACAACUAACCCUUACAACGACAAGUACGUUGCGGGGGCCUCUACAGGCGGUGGCGGCGCUCUCCUAGCUUAUGGGGGAAGUGUUAUCGAGAUUGGCACGGAUAUUGGAGGCAGUGUCAGAAUGCCCGCCCAUUUUUGUGGGGUGUACGGCAUGAAAGCUUCCUUUGGAAGGUUUCCCAACUUCGGAACGGUACCUCCGCUUCCUGGCCUUGAGGGAGUGCCAACCACAUGUUCGCCCAUGUCCAGGCGUUUGGAUGAUCUUGAGGAGUUUUGGAAGAGGGUGAUCGGAAUGCAACCAUGGGAGUAUGAUCAUUCAUGCGUUCCCAUACCUUGGCGAGCAAUAGAUCUUCAUGGUAGAAAACUGAGAUGGGGUAUCGUUUGGGAUGACGGUAUCAUAUCACCUUCCCCCGCUUGUCGCCGAGCGUUGGAGUGGGUUUCAGAUGCGUUGGUAAAGCAGGGACACGAAGUCGUCGAUUUUGUCGCUCCAGAUAUCCCGUACGGCUUGAACGUUGGUUUCCAGCUUGCUUUUGCCGAAGGAGGGACCCAGGUCUUCGGAGCCGUACGGCGAACAGAGAAACUUGAUCCUGUGAUGCUGGGUAUCAAAACCCUUUUAGGCCUGCCUUUGUUGGUGAAGAAGUUCCUGGCUAGUUUGACACGUCGGUUCAGCAAUGACGAAGUAUGGGCAUCGAUGCUCGAGAACUUACACAAGAAAUCAGCCUUAGAGGAACGUGCUUUGGUUGUAGCUCGCGAUGACUAUAGGGCGAAGUGGCAUGAAGCUUGGGACGCGGAGGGUUUAGACUUCGUCUUGACCGUACCCCAUUCUCUCCCUGCUAUCCCGAACGGUAGCGCUGAGAAAGUGUCUUUGGUGUCAGCAAGUUAUAUGAUGCUUUUCAACAUUCUCGACUAUGCCGCUGGUGUCUUGCCCGUGUCGUUCGUCGACAAAACGACAGAUUCUCUCCCUUCAGAUUUCACCAGCAGCGCUGAGUACAAACAAAUGGGAGCUAUCGCGAAAGGCGCGUAUUCGGUUUAUGAUGCUGAUGCUAUGCAUGGACUACCAGUUGGGAUUCAAGUCGUGGGACGAAGAUUUGAGGAGGAAAAGGUGUUGAAAGGUAUGAAAGUGAUCGAAGAAGCACUCGGAGAGUGUGGAAGAAAGUUCAUACCUAAAGAAUUCUGAGAGGUUUGCGGAGAUGCUGUUACCUGUGGUCACUCGUAUGCACGUACUAAUAUUUGUAUUUUACCUAUAAUGUGUAUUGUUGUCAAUAUAAGCAUGCUUCGUGUACAAUUAGCACAUCAUUCUUUUUUGUUCUUCACCUGUUAUGUAAAUUAAAAGGUUUAUAAUCAAUAAACACAUUCGACGAAUGAAAGUUACUCGGAUUCGUAGACAGAGACACAAAAAAUGAUAGCGACGAAAUGGUUUCUCUUGGCCGCUCGGUACGUUGAUAAUUAACAUUUUCCACACCCGCCUAUCCAGACAGGAAGUGAAGGCUUCCCGUCUGCACUGCCAACCGAAUCAAGCCGAGCUAAAACAUCCCAGCCAUCUUUCAACUUCCCAAAAGCUACAUACUUGCCGCUCAUCUUGGCCAAUUGUUUUUCGUCUUCCGUUAGUACCACAAAAAACUGAGAAGUGUUACUGUUUUUGCCAGAGUUUGCCAUGGCCAGAGAUCCUUGAGAAAGUUUCGCCUUUAACCCCUCUUUCUCGUCGUUGAAUUUACCUCCAUAAAUUGACU